CAGAUUACCGGAGCAUAAACCAAAAACCAACCAUGGAAGCCAAAUUGUGCGACCACGGCUUUUGUACACAUUAUAUGAUUAUAAACGCCAAUGAAGCCUCUUUCUUUGAUAUUGUUAAACUCUUGUUUUCCAAUAAUUUGAAGAAGAGAAAAUUUAUCCAAUCCUCUUUCUCAAGAGAGGACAGUUUUUUUUAUCGACUUCUUGUAGUCAUUUCUACACUGUUGCAAAAGUUUCUGCUUAUGAUUUACACGCCGAUGGCGAUGAUGGGGAUAACGAUAGAGACUUUACUCAACUUCUUCAGUCUUAAUGGCGGCUUCCGUGGUCUCCUGAGAAAUAUCGUGCGAGUGAAGGUAGUGAUUCCAGACAGGAAGGCUGCAACAUAUCUCUCUUUUAUCGGAUUUACAGACACGAGAAUGAAGUUAGACAGUGACAUUAAACAUGGAAAUCCCAUGUAUUAUCCUGCACUUUCGAUUAUGGCUUGUAAAGCUGUUUACAAUAAUGCUGCUUAUAACCAAGCUCUAAUCGAAAAUCAGUGGAAGAUGGAGUUCUUGGGAUUUAAAAAUUACUGGAAUGAUUUCUUGCAAAGAGCUGAAACACAAGUUGUAAUGUUUCGAGACAAAAAUGUUGACCAUGACACCAUCGUCGUCUGCUUCAGAGGGACUCAACCGUUUAACACCGAGGAUUGGUGCUCAGACGUGGAUUUGUCUUGGUUCGAAUUCCCCCACAUCGGAAAGAUUCAUAGCGGUUUCUCGAAAGCCUUGGGAAUGCAGAGUAGUGCAGGUUGGGCGAAACAAGUGGUUCCCGAUUCAACCCACGGUCAACGCCGACUGCCGUUGGCUUACUACGACAUAAGGGACACGUUGAAAGACCUUCUGGAAAAGAAUCCUGAAGCCAAAUUUAUAGUGACGGGCCACAGUUUGGGCGGCGCGUUGGCUGCUCUUUUCCCAGCGAUUUUGUUUUACCACAAGGAGCAGAUGUUGUUGGAGAGAAUGGAAGGGGUUUAUAUGUUCGGUUAACCCAGAGUCGGCGACGAUGCGUUCAGGGAUUACAUGGCGAAGAACUUGAGAAAGCAUGGGAUUCACUUUUUCCGAUAUGUUUACUGUAACGAUAUGGUUCCUAUAGUUCCCUUUGUUGGAGUGUUCAAGCACUUUGGUACCUGCGUUUACUACAACAGCAAAUAUCAACCAUCGAUAGUAGAUGAAGAACCAUACAAAAACUACUUCUCAAUUGGAGGUUCGAUUGCAAUGCGAAUAAACGCCGUCUAUGAAAUGAUAAGAAGCUUCCUUAUGUGCAACGAGUAUGGACCAGAUUACAGAGAAGGUUGGGUACUUCUUGGCAUGAGAAUCCUUGGUUUGCUGAUUCCUGGUAUACCUGCCCAUUGUGCCCAAGAUUAUGUCAACUCCACUCGUCUUGGAAAGCUCAGCCAUGUUUUUUUCCACCAUUUCCACCAUAAAUA